AUGGGUGAGCUGGACUCCUGCUCUGAUCAGACUCUCAGUAGGACUCCUGCUCUGCUAUGCUCUGAUCAGACUCUCAGUAGGACUCCUGCUCUGCUAUGCUCUGAUCAGACUCUCAGUAGGACUCCUGCUCUGAUCAGACUCUCUGUAGGACUCCUGCUCUGCUAUGCUCUGAUCAGACUCUCAGUAGGACUCCUGCUCUGCUAUGCUCUGAUCAGACUCUCUGUAGGACUCCUGCUCCGCUAUGCUCUGAUCAGACUCUCUGUAGGACUCCUGCUCUGCUAUGCUCUGAUCAGACUCUCAGUAGGACUCCUGCUCUGCUAUGCUCUGAUCAGACUCUCAGUAGGACUCCUGCUCCGCUAUGCUCUGAUCAGACUCUCAGUAGGACUCCUGCUCUGCUAUGCUCUGAUCAGACUCUCAGUAGGACUCCUGCUCUGCUAUGCUCUGAUCAGACUCUCUGUAGGACUCCUGCUCUGCUAUGCUCUGAUCAGACUCUCUGUAGGACUCCUGCUCUGCUAUGCUCUGAUCAGACUCUCAGUAGGACUCCUGCUCUGCUAUGCUCUGAUCAGACUCUCUGUAGGACUCCUGUUGUGCUAUGCUCUGAUCAGACUCUCUGUAGGACUCCUGCUGUGCUAUGCUCUGAUCAGACUCUCUGUAGGACUCCUGCUGUGCUAUGCUCUGAUCAGACUCUCUGUAGGACUCCUGCUCCGCUAUGCUCUGAUCAGACUCUCAGUAGGACUCCUGUUGUGCUAUGCUCUGAUCAGACUCUCUGUAGGACUCCUGCUGUGCUAUGCUCUGAUCAGACUCUCUGUAGGACUCCUGCUGUGCUAUGCUCUGAUCAGACUCUCUGUAGGACUCCUGCUCCGCUAUGCUCUGAUCAGACUCUCUGUAGGACUCCUGCUGUGCUAUGCUCUGAUCAGACUCUCUGUAGGACUCCUGCUCCGCUAUGCUCUGAUCAGACUCUCUGUAGGACUCCUGCUCUGCUAUGCUCUGAUCAGACUCUCUGUAGGACUCCUGCUCUGAUCAGACUCUCAGUAGGACUCCUGUUGUGCUAUGCUCUGAUCAGACUCUCUGUAGGACUCCUGCUCUGCUAUGCUCUGAUCAGACUCUCUGUAG